UGCCCAGACCCUGAGCCCCUCCUCCAGUGUCACCUUAACCUUUCCUGCCCUAGCCCUGAGUACCCUCCAGUGUCACCUCAGCCUUUCCUCUCCCUGGCCCUGAGUCCCUCCUCCAGCAUCACCUCAGCCUUUCCUGCCCAGACUCUGGGCCCCUCCUCCAGUGUCACCUCAGCCUUUCCCGCCCAGGCUCUGAACCUCUCCUCCAGCAUCACCUCAGUCUUUCCUACCCACUCUCUGAGCCCCUUUUCCGGCACCACCUCAGCCUUUCCUGCCCAGACCCUGAGCCCCUCCUCCGGAGUCACCUCAGCCUUUCCCGCCCGGACCCUGAGCCCCUCCUCCAGCAUCACCUCAGCCUUUUCUGCUCAGUCCCUGAGCCCCUCCUCUGUUGUCACCUCAGCUUUUCCCACCCAGGCUCUGAGCCCCUCCUCCAGCAUCACCUCAGCCUUUCCCGCCCAGUCCCUGAACCCUACUCCAGCAUCACCUGAGCACUCCCCCCUACCUCACUUGAUCUACCUCAGAUCUUUCCCUCCCUCAGCCCGAGCCCCAUCCCCCAACUCAUGCCACCUCAGGUCUUUGUCCAGCCUGCUGCCUUAAAUUCCCUUCUUCACCCCAUCCAGUGAUAUCAGCAUUCCCCACCUGAACAUGAACCCCCCUCCUGCCCUGACCUCUCUGUGCCUGGCUGGAGCCCUGCCCUCUGGUGCCCCAUCAGACACUCCCCACCCGCCUCCUCAAGUUACCUAAGCGCUUCCUGCCUCAAGCCCAGCCCCUCCCUCCACUCAUAUCCCCUCUCUGGGUUUGCCACCAGCCUCCUCUUACCCCCUCAGCAUUGUCCCUUCCUGCUCUGCAGCAACUUCAGCACCUCCUGCCUCAGUGCCCUGCAUCGCUCUUUACCAACCCACGCUCUGGCUCCCGCCACCUCAGAGCUUCCCGCCAGAGACCAGCUGCUUCCCGCCAUCUCACUCCAGCCUCGCCUUUGCCCCUCCUGUCACCUCACAACCCGGCCACUCACUCCUCUUUCUCAGGCGGCGCCUCUCGCUGCUUUUCAUGCCCCUACUCACAGCACUUCCACCCCUUCGUGCCUCAGUUGCAGCCCCGUAGCUCUGCCCCCAUGUGGGAGCCUGGUCCGAGCUCCCCUGCCCCGUCUGCAGUGCUUGUUCCAUCUGGCACCAACCUUCCUGAUGCUCCCGGUUGGGGGGGUUCCUGCACGGUUCUGCCGGCUGCCGGUGGCUCUGAGUGCUGGGGUGACCUCCCUCUGCCGCUUCUCCCCAUUGGGCUCCCACUUCCCUGAGGGCCUGGAGCAGCGUCAGUGCUUCGAAGACCAGGGCCCCUGGGGGGCCUGGGCAUGUGGCCCUCUGCCCCUGCGCCUUGUCCCAGCUCAUGCUGCCUCAGAGGUUCUCUCUCAGUGCCGCCUCAGAGUUGGCGCCCACCAUCCUCUAACACUAAGCCCCGGCCCGGGCUUGAGCUGACUCAGCCUCCCUCACACCGAAUGCCCUCCCUCUCGAACCCAUUCCCGCCCGGCCCGAGUCCCGCCCCCUGGUGGCCCCAUGUGGGCUCCAUCCAGCCCUUGUGCUCAGGGCUGUUUUGGUGCCUGGUGCUUUGGUGGCAGCGGGGCUCAUGCUGAGCAAAGCUGGCCCCAGAGGCGCAAGGGGCAGAGCUCACCUCACAGGCCAUUUGCCACUGCAGUCCCUACACUGUGCCCACCCUGGCCUCUUCCUAUGGGGAGGUGGGGACCAAACCAUCCUCUGCUGUUCCUCAGCAGCUCACAGAGCCAGCCUGCACCUGCUUCCCCACAGCGCCAAGCCUGGCCCCAUCCCUGCUGCCCAGGCUCUGGUACCAAGCCCACCCUGGCUUCCCUCGUCCUCAGCUCCACGGUGCCAGGCACUUUGGCAGAGCCCAUCACCAGCCCAGGGAGGAGUUGGGCCUCUCCCAGCCUUAGAGCGAUUUCCCAUUUACACACAUGGACUCCACUGAUGGGAAAGAGAAGCCAAGAGACAGCAGCCCAGAUCCUCCAAGGCUUUUAGGCCCCUCACUCCCGUGAUGGCUAAAUACCUUUGAGGAUCUGAGCCAGUAUGGGCAAAAGAUACAGCAAAAGUUUCCAGUGUAAAUAGAUACCCCCUGCAUGGGCAUCAGAAAGGGAAUUACCUGCUCACUGAAAUGUGCUGAGGUGCUGUCAACACAUCAGUGUAGUGUGUUCUUAAGGUUAUUCUUUUUAUCCAUAGAGGUCUAAAUAAAUCUUCAAGGCAAAAGACUUUCAACCUGUGUUUUAUUGUACACAAAAAGAAAGAGCUUACAGUUUUACAAUUAUAUCUACAGGAAACAAAAUGUCACAAUCCAGUACCUUUAAUUUUAAAUCAUACUAGAUUUAAAUGGAAAUUCUGCCCUUUAUUCCCCCUUAAGAAAUAGAAUACGCUGCAUGCAGUUCUUAGUGAGGGUAAAUUCAUCUACUCAUACUUUGGAUUUUUUUGGGGAGAGGCAGGAUGUAUCUGGAGCAAACCUAAAUCCACCUGCACCCUUGGCUUUUAUGGACUGGGAUGUUGAAAGCUUCAUAGGCCUUUUGUUUAAUUGGGACUAAAAGGUCAUAAUGAUAGGUGGGAUAGCAAUAAGAUGGGGAAGCUUUCCUCGCUGGACCCAGAAUAAGGAGGUGGCAGCAUGCUGAGAGAUGGAACAGAUAGAGGGAGGAAGUCUUCCAUAAUGCCACCCCCAUAUAAUCAAUAAUGAAUCACCCACACACUAUUUAUAAUCCCAAUUACCAGCUAUUCAUGCUCAUCUAUAAUCAUCUUUUUGGAAAGAACUAUUUUUUAAAAAAAAGGCUCCUUUCUUCAGAACUGUUCCAGCGCUGACCAUGAAGCCAAUGCCAUGAUCAAAACCCAGUUCAUGAGCCUCUGGGAUGGGCUGGAGAGCAGAUCUGACUGCCAGCCCCCAGCUCCUGGAGUCAAGUGGACAUGUGAUGAUUUCAGCCUUCAUUCUUAAAGAAAAAGUAAGUUUCUAGACCUCAUGGAUAUGAAGAAAGCUUAAAAAUGUGACCUCAGUGCACCCUCAAGGCUCAAAAAGCAUAAAACAAAUAAAAAGAACAUCUAAUCUAUUACUUUUACAUAAUCUUAUGAUUUUAAAGCCAAUCUUAUGAAUUUUGGUGAGCCUAACAUGAUUUUUGAACAUUUGGGGUUGGCAAUACUGUUGUUGGGAGCCUAGUGAGUGUUUCUGGUUUCCUCUUUGUACCUAGCUUGGUGCUUUGUUGUACCAGUUUGUUACCUCUAGGGGGAGCUGCAGCAGAUCAAAUCCCAGCACUUCCCACCAGAUCCAAGACUCAGAGGCUGCAACUGGCAACACGUAACCUGCGUUUCUGAUUGUGUUGAAGAUGAUAGUACUGAGCAACAGACUGCACGACGUGGACCCUGCCAUCCUGAGAACGACACCUGCCACCUUCCAGAUCGGUUUACCCAUGCUGAGGCAGCAGCAAGAUAUUCUGAAGCUCAUUCUGGCCAGAGAAAAUAUGAGUCUCUGCACUUUGGUCCUUCUGCAUUGCGCUCACGAGGCCAUUCUCUGCUCUCUUCAGCACAGACCUGUGGCCUGGCAAGGGGCACAGUCUCCUAAAAGGCAAGAUGCCCAUGGUCCAAGAGUCACCAACCUGCAAAUGGCAGGGUGUCUGCUGUUUCCUAGCACUUGCAAGAGUCUGGGCAGCAGCAAGCAGCAGCAAUAGCAGCCGGAGGCAGAGGAGCAGUGUUAGCCCAGAAGGAGGCAGGGGACUGCAUGGGAAGGAGCAGCACCUAGCUGGAGAGACUGCUUUUGCAGCCAAGUUUCUGCAAACCAGAAACCUCACCCCAGCUGUGUGCCUGACACACAUUUAAUACUACAAGGCAGCCACACUAACUUCUUAGUGUCAGAGGUUCCCCGUGGAGACAGGAGCCAGGCGGGUUGGACCAUGGAGCUGCUCUCCACCCCCCGCAGCAUCGAGAUCAACAACAUCACGUGUGACUCGUUCCGGAUCUCCUGGGCCAUGGACGGGGGAGACCUGGAGAGAGUCACCCACUACUUCAUCGACCUGAACAAGAAGGAGAACAAGAACUCCAACAAAUUCAAACACAGGGAUGUGCCCACCAAGCUGGUCGCCAAGGCAGUCCCACUGCCCAUGACUGUGAGGGGCCACUGGUUCCUGAGCCCCAGGACAGAAUACAGCGUGGCCGUGCAGACAGCGGUGAAGCAGAGUGAUGGGGAGUACCUGGUGUCUGGCUGGAGCGAGACCGUGGAGUUCUGCACAGGGGACUAUGCUAAGGAGCACCUGGCCCAGCUGCAGGAGAAGGCUGAGCUCAUUGCGGGCAGGAUGCUCAGAUUCUCUGUCUUCUAUAGGAACCAGCACAAGGAAUAUUUCCAGCAUGUCAGGAUGCAUUGUGGGAACAUGAUGAAGCCCUCUCUGAAGGACAACAGUGGGAGCCAUGGCUCACCCACCAGUGGCAUGCUGCACGGGAUCUUCUUCAGCUGCAACACCGAGUUCAACACAGGCCAGCCCCCCCAGGACUCGCCCUACGGCCGCUACCGCUUCCAGAUCCCCGCCCAGCGCCUCUUCAGCCCCAACACCAACCUCUACUUUGCGGACUUCUACUGCAUGUACACCGCCUACCACUACGUCGUCCUGGUGCUGGCUCCUAAGGGCUCCCCGGGAGACCACUUCUGCCGGGAGCGCCUGCCCCAGCUGGACAUUUCCUGCAACAAAUUCCUGACCUGCUGCAUGGAGGACGGCGAGCUAGUCUAUCACCAUGCCCAGGACAUCAUCCUGGAGGUGAUAUACACUGAGCCCGUCGACCUCAGCCUGGGCGUGCUGGGAGAGAUCAGCGGCCACCAACUCAUGAGUCUCUCCACCGCUGAUGCCAAAAAGGACCCCAGCUGCAAGACGUGCAACAUCAGCGUGGGGCGCUAGUGACUUGAGGGGGGAGCUGGAGGGGAUGCGUGUGUGGGGAGGCAUGCAUGAAGCAGGACUGGACUAACCUGAGGCUUUCUGCAAUGGACGUGGUCUGGGAUGGGGGCAGGGGUGGAAACUGGGACCUGGAUGGGACUUGUGGCUGGAGUGAGCGUGGACUGUGGAUUUCCAAUCUCUCUGCGCAUGCCUUGCUGUCCAAUGUCAAUUUGGACUUGGCAGGAUCCCGGCCAUAGUGGGAGAGGACCUCCGGUGCUGCUCAAAUGGGAUCUUGGCCUCCAUUGACUCCUGCAGACAAACCCUGGUCAGUAUGAGAAGGGAAACACCUGAGCUGGCUGCUAAUCUGAUUCAAGCCAAGGUGGAAAGACCCGCCCCCUUCUGCACUUGCCCCACUGGAGAGUGGGAGCUCCAGCCCCCUCGGAACCAAGCUGCCCAUUCAUUGCCAUUUUCAAGUUGGAAAGAACAGGAGCUUUGGGUUAAUUUGGAAAUGUUAUCAUCAGGGGAACCUGGAGCUCUUCCCUCUCUGAUAUGAGCUCCCCUUCUCCUAGAUCUGCCUCUUCAGCCCUCUCUCACCCUGUCAAUUCAAUAAGCCCCUACCUUUCUGCUACUCUCUCCAACCCUACCCUUUGCUAAGCGCUCAGUCAACUCCUACCUUGCCCAGGUGGGCUAGAUCUUCACCUGCCACCUGAUUCCCACCUGGGGAGCCCUGAAGGGUAUGUCCCACUGCAGCUGGGAGCCAGCCUCCUAGCCCAGGGAGAUAGAUUUGCACUGGGGGGGGGGUGGCUUGUGAACCCAGCAUGCGCUUAACCACCUAGCCCAGGUGUGGGUCUUAGCUUAGAUGGCCAGCUGUGAAACCAGAGCCUGCUGUUUUCUCCUGGUGGGGCCUCUCAGCUAUUGGAGGCUUGGCAGGCUCAGGAAAGAGCAUGCAGCUACCUCACCCUCAGCUCCCUCCAUCCGGGCUCUGUCUCAGCCCCAGGCUGUCCUGGAACUUCUUGCUUCACCGCCUUUAUUUACCUGGUUAAGCGCCGUGUGGGCUGGGCGAGCGGCCCCAUUGCAGGUCCCGACAGGCCCCGUGGCACUCCUGGGUUGUGUUGGAAUUCCCGGGGGUGGCUGUAGCAUGAAUGUACCUGCUCCCCAGUCUCAGGUGGAGCCUAGCCCUGCCCAGGAGGUCUCCUCCCGCCCCGGCUGGGUGCGGGGAGGAAUGCAGCCUCCCUGCUUGUGACUUCAGCCACGUCCUGGAGUGACCUGCCAGCUUCUGGGGUGAGGAACAAUUUCACCCUCUCUUCCUUUUGUCCCCCUUGCCCACUCCCACCUCCAAGCACGGCUCUCUCCUGGCCUCCCACCACUGUGCACCAUGGAACCAGGCUGAUUGGAGUGCUGGGUCUCCUUGCUGCUACCAUGUCCCUCGGGCAUGAUCUGCUUGCCAUGCUACGGCCUUUGAUGUGUUGCCCCAAAAGCGGUCUUGAGGGCUGCUUUUUUCUCCAGGUGAUGGGAGAAGAAAGGCUUGGCUAGAUCCCAAGGCAUUCACAGCAGAGCCCCAUCCUUGCUUCAGCCUAACUUGUCCAUCACUUGAGGCAGCCUGAGCCAAGCAGAACUUCCUCAAACUCCUGCCCCAGGCCUGCCCUGCUCCCCACACCAGCCACCUCCUCCCAAGGCUGAGCCUCGCUCCCUCCUCUUUAUAAAUAGUGCUGGGCUUUCUGUGCUAUGUGAAAACUUUAGCUUUCCAGGGGAGUCUGCCGGCGCCCAGACUGCUUGAACAUGUGGCGUGAGGUGCCCGUCAGCCUUCCAGCCAUGCCUGUGAGCUGCCCUUGGCCCUGAGAGAGGACAGCAUGAGGGGGCAUUUCCUAAAUUGGAAGAGAGAUGCAGAGUCUGCCCUUUCACCACGCCCUGCUGCAGACUGGGGCCAGGGCCUGAAGGACAGAGGCAACAGAGAUAUUCUGUGUGGAGAGGUUUUUUGGCAUCUGGAAAUCAGAUAAGACCCACAGAGGAGCUUGUGGGCAUCCAAAGCAGCAGGUCCAAUCAAAUGAACUAAGGACUCUGGUACCAACAGCUGGAAGAUGUUCGACGUCCCAAAAUUCUGAUUCCCAUCCUAUUCACCAGCUGGGGGUUUGAACUCAGGAACCUUCAGCUUUAAAAGCCCGAGCUGCUACUGUGUGAGUUAAAGGAGCAAGUCCCCCUGCUAGCAGCAGAGGUAGUAGAUUCACAAACAGAUUUGAUGCAGACCGGCCACUAGCAGCAGAUAAAGAUCCUAUAGUUUCCUGGUGAGCAGUCAUAUUCUAGACCCGGCAUGUCCCCAGUUGCCCAGAGAAAUAGAGCAGGGCGUUCAUUAUCAAGCAGUCACCCUUAAAAGGGGAGGGAAAUUUCAAGCGCUGGCCAUUGCUCCGGGAAGGGAGGCCCUGCUCUGGUGAGCACAGUAGUGUUUUAAUUCUUAGUGGCAUUUGGGAUGCUUGAGCAUCCGGCUGUGCAGUGUUUGCUGUGUGCUGUCGCAAUGUUGUGCUGUUAGUGCUGCAGCCAGGAAGUGAUAAGGACCUUGGCUUUUUUUACACUAGCUUUUGAUUUCCCCUUAUACUGCGAAAUCCAGCCAUGCCAACUGAAAAACCCCCACUUGUCCAUUGGGACGUGGCUUGUGCAGAGGCUGCUGAUGCCCACAGGCAGUGCACAGUUUCCUGGCUGGUCUCUGACCUGUGCGCUGAUACUGACACAGAGGUCCCAAAGGCUGCUGCAGUCUCGGAAGCUUUUCCAAGCAGUAAUGUUGAUAGAUCACUCCAGCAAAGGCCACAGGAUUUGCAGCACCAUGUGACUUAUGUUUCAUUGCUCGUGGCAAUGUGAGACUUGAGAUAAUAUAUGGGAAAUGAGUGCAGGCAGGGCGUGGUAGGUGUGACAGUCAGCCUUCCCCGGGGACAGGCGGAGGAGGGUGGUGGUGACUAAGGGUGUGUUCACAGUGCGAUGAAAGAUCCACUGCACAGCUAUGGCUGGCCUGGGUCAGCUGCCACAGGCUCGUGGGGCUCAGACGGUGGAGUUAUAAAAUUGCAAUAUAGACGUUCAAGCUCACCCAGGCUUAUGAGGGGUUUGGGUCUUAGAGCCUGGGCUCCAGCCCGAGCUGGAACAUCUCCACUGCAAUUUUUAGCCCUGCAGCCUGAGCCCAAGUCAGCUGACCUGGGCUCCGAGACCCAAUGCCAUGGGUUUUUUUUAUUGCAGUGUAGACAUACCCGGAGAGUCUUCCCUGGAGACAGAAGGAGGAGGGGGUUGGUGACAAUCGGCCUUUCCUAGAGACAGCUGGAUGGGGGAAGUGGUGAGUGGGAUUGACAGUUUCUCUAGAGACCGGAGGAGAUGUGUGGCACAGCUGACUGUGAACUCAUUGAAUCAGUGGGCCCAAUUCAGAGGUGUUGUGUAAGAGGGUUGUAAAUUGCCCAUUGGCCAAUGCGUGUGACAGUCAGGAAGUUGAGGCUGGUGUAAGCACACUUUGGAGCAGGAGGUUGAUUGAACUUAGACUGACGUAGGUGCCCCCAUGAGACCAGGAGGGGAGAAUCAGAAUCUGGCUAGGAGGGUGUCCAUAAGGGGGGAGCGGAUCUCUUCUUGGGAGCUUCUUGUCGUCUCUUUAAAGAUGACGCAGGCUAGGUUUCCCUUUCUGCAGCAUCAGGGUGGGAGCCAGAGGGGGCUGUGUCUGUUCUGAGAGACUCCAUCCCCCUUUGCCCUCUGUGCCCCACAUGUGGCUGAGAACCACAGCAUGGCGCUUGUGUGGCAGUGUCCACAUCAUCCCUGGCCUGAUGUGGUGCUUUUCCAGUCUCUGUGUAUGAUGCACGCUGUAAAGAAAACCCCUUACAAACCUGUGCUGUGCUGACAGUGUGUAUCAAUAAACUAACAACCUGUGUGCAGCCCAGCCUGCUGCUUGCAUUGGCGUCUCGGGACAGCUGGGUGUGUGUGUGUGGGUGCACCAGGGAGGUGAUCCAGUUUCAAGGAGAGGGCUUUUAUAUACGGCUGUGCGUGUGGCAGUGGGAAAUUGGAGGGGGGAUGGCUGCAGUGACUGGUCCAUUGCUGAAGCUCUCCCAACUGAACGGAGCCUGAAAUGUCUUCUAAGGUCAAAAGGAAGAAAAGUUUAAAAACGGAUGAGGUUGCAAUGGUGAAUGUAGAGUCCCCACCCCAUCCCAGCAACCAUGUCCUGUUAAUUAACUCUGCCACCUGACCUCCUGCCUGGCCUCAAGAUACCCUCCAGCUCAAUAACCUCUGGGGUUACUGCUGUAGCAUUCCCCCAUGAAGGCCCCUCUGUACAGCUGGAGUGCUCCUGGGGUGGCUAACAUAGCUUCCCUGUUUCCUUUGGGGGCCUCUGUAGUGAAGGUCUUCCUGAGCAGACUCAUGACGGGUUGCCAAAUUGGCUUCUCCCUCUCCCACCUGCUGGUGCCUCAAAACAUGGGAAUCAGUAUAAGACCCUGAAUGAAUAGGCCCCCAUAGAACACACCAACUAAGGAGGAAUGGACUGGCUGCUACUCACCACAAUUGCAAUGGGAUGGAUGGAUGGAGUCUUGAGGGGACAUUAUUGAUCUUGUGAACCAGAUCAGAGCAACCUCCGUCUGACACUAACAGGGCCAUGUUUGGGUGAUUUUGCUCUGGCUUUGAGCCAUGACAUUAUGGGGUCUUGACACAGCAGGACUAGCUUGCAGGAUGAACUAGGAAUUCUACUCUACUUUAAAGAAUUGCUACACUAUUCCAUAGUAAUUGAUACUGUAGUAUACGCCAUAGAAACAGACCCAGCACUGCUGCUCCACAGUAUUUAAUACUACAGUACUAAAAAAACAGAACAAUGGUCAACAGAAAUGAAUGCUACACUAUUCUCCAGUAAACAAUAUUACAGAAUUUCAAAGAGCAUAUCACUGCUCAGCAGUAAUUAAUACUACAAUAACAAAAAACACAACCGUAUCCUACAGUAAUGGCCCCAAGCACAAUAGCUUUACAAAAGAGUUUCUACUAGGCUAAUUCCUACAGUCCUUACUCAGUGCUUGACUUUACCUGAGUAAGGACUGUGGAGUAUGGCCCACCCUACUUGGCAUUAUCACUACAGAAGACUGCAGUAUUUCUGCCUGUAAGGGUGGAGAGGAUCUUGCAGCCCAUGGGUCCAUUCCCCUCCUCCCCACCUGCCCUGAGAUGACUCGAACGCUGCUCACAGACUGGCCACUCACCUUGCAGUCAGGUCUGCAGAGUUUGGUGAACACUGUGUUUUUGGAACUGGGCACAAAAUCCCAGAUUCCCGAAGGUAUUUAGGCACCUUACUUCCAUGGGAAUUAGGUGCCUAAGUACCUUUGAGGAUCUGUGCACAAAGUGCCUGCAAAUCAGAGGAAAAGAGUUUGCAAUGAACACAAACAAAACAGGAAGCGGUUCUGGAUUCAGAACAUGGAAGUCACUACUUCACAGCAGUCCAGAAGUCAGUCUAGUCUGGAA